GGUCUAUCGCCCAUUUCAAGAAGAAGCAUAAGUUGGAAAUGGAAAGUCCAGGAGGAUCGGUGGCAUGCUCUGUUGAUGCAAGUUUUACUCCCCAUGUGAUUACUGUUAACACUGGCGAGGAUAUUACAAUGAAGAUCAUAUCUUUUUCUCAACAAGGGUCUAGAGCAAUUUGCGUUCUGGCAGCAAAUGGUGCAAUAUCAAAUGUUACACUGCGUCAACCUAAUUCUUCGGGUGGUACUUUGACAUACGAGGGCUGCUUUGAAAUACUUUCUUUGAUGGGAUCAUUUAUGCUCAGCGAUAAUGGGUUGACGAAAAGCAGAUCUGGUGGGUUGAGUGUCUCUCUGGCAGGGCCGGAUGGCCGUGUUAUGGGGGGAGGAGUUGCUGGCAUGCUAGUCGCAGCUGGACCUGUUCAGGUUGUGCUAGGGAGCUUUAUCCCGGGUCAUCAGCAAGAGCAAAAGCCCAAGAAACCAAAAUACGAACACUCGAUAGCUUUUACCCAAAGUCCUGCUAAUCCUAUUUCUGAAGAAAGAUUCGAAGGAGCCUAUGGUGGACAGAAGCCAAAUUUGACCUCAUCUGCUUCCUUCCAUGGAGACAACUCGGCUUCUCUGGACUUGAUGCAUGUCUCGAUGGGCACGGACCCAGAAAACAAUGCCUCACUUCAAGGAGAAGAUUCUAGAGAGCAUAGCCAUGAUAUUACUUGCUGAUUGUGUCAUUUGUGUUCAUCUUCUUUGUAUUUUAGCUGUUUUUGUUCGGUAUGGAACUUUUAGCCUUUACUUACUUCUGACCCCCUGUUAGAGCGUCGAUUAGCUGUAUGUUAUCAAGUGGUUCGACCCAAAGUUUCCUUCUCCCUCCCUUUUAGGCAUUAGGUUUAGGACUUUGUGGUAGUGUGAUUGUUCUAUGAUACUGUUUUACUCUAUCUUGUUGUGUAACUUCUUGUAGAAUUUUAAAUGCAUGAAACUGGAAUUUAUUGUCACUUUUA